AGGACGGACACGGGGAAAACCUCCCAUUCAGGGGCCCAGAACUUGGGGCUGGGUCUUGGGGCGACAUAUUCCUACCCCUGUGCCACCUGGCAGGGCAGAGUGAGAUGAGCAGAGGCCAGGGCAGCCAUGACUCAGAAUCAUGACUUGGGAGCCAUGGUAAGCCGGGUUGGGCACAGCCUCUCAUGGUCCCCUUGCACCCCAUUCCCGAGUCUAGGCCUAGGGACGUGCUGGGGAGCCCUGUCUUCUAGGACCCCUCCCCACCAAAAUGGGCCCUGUGGCCCUCCACCCUGGUUCCCCAGAUCGCAGGGGCAAGCGGAAGGGAUAGCACAGGGCAGCUGCCAGGGGCGCGGCCGACGGGCAGGUGUUCGGCGCCAGCCUCUCCAGCUGCUCCAACAGGUGCCCAGGCACUGGGAGGGCGCGGUGACUCAGGCAGGCCCGGGGAGAACCAGCUCUGCACACAGGCCCCACCAAGCACCCCCUCCACUCCCUGGUUGGAGGAGGAAGAAUUAGGAUUCUUCUGAGUGGGCCCACUUUCUCUGUAGGUUCCUCCUCCACCCAAAGUCCCUUUUGGCCAAGUCUUCCCCUGGAGACAGGUCCAGAGGGAAGAUGCUUCAUCUUCAGCCUCAGCCUCCUGCCUUGUCUGCCCCACUCCCUCCUGGCCCAGGCUCAGGCUCACUUGGGUUUCUGCCUCUCUAACAUCUGCCAUUCUGUCCCUCCACUGGUCUGUCCCUCAGUGGCUUGCUCUUGGUCCUUAGGCUCUGUGUGUCCCUGUCCCCGUCCCUGUUUCCUGUCUCUCUGCCUUCUCCCGCUCCCUCUUUUCUUGUGUCCAUCUCUUUCUGACCCAGGCCCUGCUUCUCUCUCCCCAUUUUGCAGAUGCGAAGGUGGAGGCCAAGGGCUAGACCACUUGGCCUCUGGGAGAACCUUCUCCCCACAUCCCCCCAGCCCUUAGUAACUCUCUCAGCUCCUCUUUUGCAGAGGAUGAACUGAGACCUGAGGUGGGGGCAGCUCUCCUGUAAGGAGCACUCCUUUUGUGGCCCGAGCAGCAUCCUGCGGCCCCUCCCCUGCCAGGCCGCUGGGGCGGGGGAGGGGGCCUGGGUUCCCGCUGCCUUAAAAGGGCUCAGUGUCUUGGCUCUCUCCUCCCUCCCCCAUCCUGGGCCCUGGCUGCUGCUUCCCUGCUGGCCCACUCUUCCUGAACCCCGAACCCUCUCCAUAACCCACUGUAUCUUCCCUCAUUCCUAGUUGCACCCAUUGCUCUCUCCCUCCUGCCUCAGAAGCUCCCAGCUUCUUCCACCUCCGGGAGUCCAGGCUUCCCUCUCCCCCUGCCUCCACUCUCCACCUUCCCCCUCCCAAACUGCUCUCUGUAACAUUGCUAGCUGUAGGACCUUGGGCAGAGGACUUCACCUGUCUGAGCCUUGGUUCUUCAUCUGUAGAUAAGGGGUAACAGUAAAACCUCCUCCUGGAGUUGAGAGCGUAGAGAUAGCACACUUGACUGUGCCUGCAGCCCUGGAGCCGGGAUGCGGAUCCCCGCUGGCUUUGUCUCCCUCUCCCGUUGCUUCUCCUGGUCCUAGCCCUAAACUCAGGGUUUCCCAGAGUGUGGUCCAAGAGCCACCAGUAUCUGAGCCUAGGAUUAAACUGCAGGCUCUGGGCCAUGACCCAAAACAGACUGAAUGAGAGCCCUGGGGGUGGGCGGGGUCACCGGGAGUAGGGGCCCGGAAGCCCAGGGAGCUCUAAGAACUGGGCCUAUUUCUUCUUCCUCUGUUCUUCAGGGCCUCCCUUCGGCAGACUUGUUACCUCACCCUGUCCAUCCUGCACCCCCUAGAGCCCUCUGGCCCAGUGUCCUGUCCCAGAAAGGGAUUCCCAGGCAUCCCACUUUUCUCUGUACAAGAGCAGUUUUGGGUCCCCAAAGCCUCACAUAAUGUUUAUGUAAAGUCCUUUAGGAGGCCGACUAGUGCUAAGGGGAGGGGCACGGGCAGGGGAGACUCAGCGACAGAAGGUGGGACUGUCUCUCCUCGUCUCCAGUGUCAGUCCCUCGGAUUCUCGGUUCUUAUCCCCGCCCCUUCGCCCCCUCCCCCCCAGUGGAGCCCAUCGCGGAGAGGCUUAAGGAGGCCCGACUGCAGAGGGAUGACUUCGAGAUUCUGAAGGUGAUCGGACGCGGGGCGUUCAGCGAGGUGGCGGUGGUGAAGAUGAAGCAGACGGGCCAGGUGUACGCCAUGAAGAUCAUGAAUAAGUGGGACAUGCUGAAGAGAGGCGAGGUGUCGUGCUUCCGCGAAGAGAGGGAUGUGUUGGUGAACGGGGACCAGCGCUGGAUCACGCAGCUGCACUUCGCCUUCCAGGACGAAAACUACCUGUACCUGGUCAUGGAGUACUACGUGGGCGGGGACCUGCUAACGCUGCUGAGCAAGUUUGGGGAGCGGAUCCCGGCCGAGAUGGCGCGCUUCUACCUGGCCGAGAUUGUCAUGGCCAUAGACUCGGUGCACCGGCUGGGCUACGUGCACAGGGACAUCAAACCGGACAACAUCCUGCUGGACCGCUGCGGCCACAUCCGCUUGGCCGACUUUGGCUCCUGCCUCAAGUUGCGGGCGGAUGGAACGGUGCGGUCACUGGUGGCUGUGGGCACCCCGGACUACUUGUCUCCCGAGAUCCUGCAGGCCGUGGGCGGUGGGCCCGGGACUGGCAGCUACGGGCCCGAGUGUGACUGGUGGGCGCUGGGCGUGCUCGCCUAUGAAAUGUUCUAUGGGCAGACGCCCUUCUACGCCGACUCCACGGCUGAGACCUACGGCAAGAUCGUGCACUACAAGGAGCACCUGUCUCUACCGCUGGCAGACGCAGGAGUCCCCGACGAGGUUCGCGAUCUCAUCCAGCAGCUGCUGUGUCCCCCCGAGAUGCGCCUGGGCCGGAAUGGAGCAGGCGAUUUCCAGAAGCAUCCUUUCUUCUUUGGCCUUGACUGGGACAGCCUCCGAGACAGCGCGCCCCCCUUUACGCCGGAUUUCGAGGGUGCCACAGACACAUGCAACUUCGAUGUGGUGGAAGACGGGCUCACUGCCAUGGUGAGCGGGGGAGGGGAGACGCUGUCGGAUAUGCAGGAAGGCACGCCACUGGGGGUCCACCUGCCUUUCGUGGGCUACUCCUCCUAUUCCUGCAUGGCCCUUGGGGAUGAUGAGAUCCCGGGCUCCACGCCCAUGGAACUGGAGGCCGAGGCGCUGCCUGAGCCAUUGCAAGAGCCCAGCCUGGAACCCACGGUGCCCCCACCAGAGGAAGCGGCUGAAGCGGCAGUUCCGGAGGCCAUUCCGGAGGCGGUGGCAGAGGCCCGGGUGACGCUGCGGGAACUCCAGGAGGCCCUGGAGGAGGAGGUGCUCACCCGACAGAGCCUGAGCCAGGAGCUGGAGGCCAUCCGAACGGCCAACCAGAACUUCGCCAGCCAACUCCGCGAGGCCGAGGCCCGUAACCGAGACCUGGAGGCGCACGUCCGGCAGCUGCAGGAGCGGAUGGAGUUGCUUCAGGCCGGGGGAGCCGCAGCUGUCACGGGGGUCCCCAGUCCCCGGGCCACGGAUCCACCUUCCCAUAUGGCCCCCCGGCCGUGGCUCUGGGCCAGUGCCCGCUGGUGGGGCCAGGCCCCAUGCACCGCCGCCACCUGCUGCUCCCUGCCAGGGUCCCUAGGCCUGGCCUAUCGGAGGCGCGUUCCUUGCUCCUGUUCGCCUCUGCUCUGGCUGGUGCCGCCGCCCUGGGCUGCAUUGGGUUGGUGGCCUGCGCCGGCUAUCUUGCCACAGUCUGACCCCGCCCGGGAGCCGCCUUCGCCGCCUGAACCCUAGAACCCGAGCCUGUCCUCCACUUGGGCUCCGCUGGAGGGUUUGGUGACCCAGGCACGGCCCAGAAGCCACUCCCACCGCCCCCCAGUUCACAGCACUCCGAGCGUGGGUUUGCGCCCCAGCUCCAGCCCUGUGAUCCGGGCCCGCCCCCUGGCGGCCGGGGAGGGAGGAGCCGGGGCCGCGGCUCCAGGGAGGCUUGUAGCCGGGAAUGCUGCUGCUGCUGCUGCUGGGGGGAUCGCGGACCUCUUCCUUUCUCCGGCCUAGCUGAGGCAUCCGACGUGGAUGGGCAAGCUGCGACCUAGAGAAGGCAGCAGGGCCAGGGCUCGGCAUCUGUCUUUCACCCUCCAGGCACCCCCACCCACAUCGGCUUGCAAACCACAAAUCCUCCUUGUGCAUGAGGCCCUGCCCUCCCGGGAAGACUCUCUUGCCGCGGUGAACGUCUAGCGCGAGCUCCGCCUUUACCUUUUGACAGCCCCGCUUUUUUCGGGGACUCUCGCGCCCUCCUCACGUGCGCUGUUCUCGGAGCCACAGCCGGCUCCGCCCGCCUCGGCAGUAUGGGUAUUUAUUGACCUUCCCUCCGACCCGCUGACAGGCUCCAGGAUCCCAGCACCCUAAUCCACAUUUUGGAUGCACUGAGACCCCGACAUUCCUCGGUAUUUAUUGUCUUUCCCCACCUAGGACCCCACCCCCGAUCCUCGCGAAUAAAAGGCCCUCUCGUCUGCCCAAAAUUCUGAAAUUCCUUCGUGUCCGCUGUU